UGAUUAUUCUCUAUAUGGUGCAGCUCAUGACAACACCCUGACACACAUCCUCUUUGGCUCUGUGUCUAUCUUUGAGGUCCCAACCCCAUGAGUUCUUGAUCCAAGUUCAUUCCUUUUCAUUGUUUCACUCUCCAAAAUUCUCAUCCCCGAAUCUGGGUAUCUCCAAAUUCGUCGCAAUUUUCAGUGACCGAGUCUUCAGUCAAAUCCUCUGAUUGAUGGGCCAUAACCUUGGUGUUCUUCAUCUUCCAUGGCAAUCUCAAACUCCUUCUCUGCUUUCCUUCUUCUCAACUUGAUCCUUCACAGACCUCCCAUUAACGCCCUCGAUCUUCUCCUCAUCUUUCUCCAUACCCUCUUAUAGCCAAUACCCUUUUUCAAAAAUUUGCAACUUUUUUUGUAUUUUUUUUAAAAAUUUGUGGGGAAAAGAUUCAAUUUUGGCUUUGAAUCCAGAUACCCUUUUGAAUUUUGAUGGCGUCGGUGUUUGUGUACCAUGUGGUGGGUGAUCUGACGGUGGGGAAGCCGGAGCUGGUGGAGUUUCAUGAGACUGAGACGGUGGAGAGUGCGAUAAGGGCAAUAGGGGAAUCCCCUGAGGGAAGCAUACCUGUAUGGAAGAAGCGAUCUCAUGUGGUGGGGAGUGGUGUGGUUGAGAACAGUGAUAUGAGGCAGCAGAGAUUUGUUGGGAUUCUUAGUUCCUUUGACAUAGUUGGAUUUUUGGCUAAGAGUCAGUGUUUGGAGGAUCAGGACAAGGCUUUGAAGACACCAGUUUCUGAGGUUGUUGUUCCAAAUAAUUCUCUGCUCAGGCUAGUUGACCCUGCAACAAGAUUGAUAGAUGCACUGGACAUGAUGAAGCAAGGUGUGAAACGUCUGCUUAUUCCAAAGAGCGUAGUAUGGAAGGGCAUGAGUAGGCGGUUCUCAAUGAUCUACUACGGCAAGUGGCUCAAGAAUCCCGAAACUCCUACCAGCAGCAGCAACAAUCUACCUUCAAACGUGAAUCGGACCUCCUCAUCUUCCACCGCAGCUAUCCGCGACAAGUUCUGUUGUCUCUCUAGAGAAGAUGUACUUCGUUUCAUCAUCGGUUGUCUCGGAGCUUUAGCCCCACUUCCCCUCACUUCCAUUGCUGCUCUUGGAGCCAUCAACGCAAACUACAGGUACAUUGAAGCUUCCACUCCCGCUAUCGAAGCGACUCAAAAGCUUCCUCUAGAUCCCAGCGCGGUUGCGGUCGUAGAGAACACGUCAGAUGGCCAGUGCAAGAUCAUUGGUGAAAUUUCUGCAAUCAAGUUAUGGAAAUGCGAUUACUUAGCCGCAGCGUGGGCUUUAGCGAAUCUCUCGGCAGGACAGUUUGUUAUGGGAGUUGAAGAUAACGUUACCGGAAGCUCGCUGCCCGAUUUCUGUGUGAAUUCAACAGGUGGAGAUAAUAACGGUUCAGUUAAUGGUAGUGUUUCAAGAAAACCGAGGAAAUUCAGCAGCAGGAGUAUCGGUUUCUUCAGUAACUCUGCAAGCCCUGGCUUUGGUUCUAGGAGCAUGUAUAGAGGUAGAAGUGCACCCUUGACAUGUAAAAUCACUAGUUCACUGGCUGCAGUUAUGGCUCAGAUGCUAUCUCACCGCGCAACUCAUGUGUGGGUCACUGAGGACGAGAGUGAUGAUGUUAUAGUUGGUGUGGUGGGGUAUGCUGAUAUUUUUGCUGCUGUGACCAAACCACCUACAACCUUCACUCCUGCAAAUAGAUCUACAGAGGGGUGUCCAAAUGAAAUUCAAUGUUGAUUUUUUUUGUUCUCAUCUUUUUCAGUGUUGGUAGUUUGUCUUUUUGGUGCUUACUCAUGUCAUAAUAUAAUACAGAGUGAAAAGUGGGUAUUUUAUGUUGAAUUGGUAAUAAAAAGGAAUGAAUGAUGUUUACAUAUGCUUUGAUGGGGUGUGUGGGGAGAGUAUGAGAAAAGAAAAGAGAGAAUAUCAUGUACUAUUUGAAUGAAGGGAAAAAUGAGAAGAAGAAUAAAUUAUUUAUGUCAAA